AUGGUGAUGCGAACUGUGGAUCUACGAUCAGACACCGUCACUAAACCUACUGAUGCAAUGCGUGAAGCAAUGAGUAGCGCAGAAGUAGACGAUGACGUCCUCGGCUACGACCCAACAGCUCGACGUCUUGAAGAGGAGAUGGCCAAGAUGACGGGUAAAGAAGCGGCUCUCUUCGUGCCAUCUGGUACAAUGGGGAACCUCAUAUGCGUUAUGGUUCACUGCGACGUGAGAGGCAGCGAGGUGAUUCUUGGAGACAACUGUCACAUCCAUGUUUACGAGAAUGGAGGUAUAUCAACAAUAGGAGGCGUGCAUCCCAAGACAAUCAAGAAUGAAGAAGACGGGACGAUGGACUUGGGGGAUAUAGAAGCAGCUAUUAGAGACCCUAAAGGAAGCACGUUUUAUCCAUCAACAAGGUUGAUUUGCUUGGAGAACACACAUGCCAACUCUGGUGGGAGAUGCCUGAGUGUGGAAUAUACUGAUAGAGUUGGAGAGAUUGCGAAGAGACAUGGAUUAAAGGUUCAUAUCGAUGGAGCUCGCUUAUUUAAUGCUUCCAUUGCCCUUGGAGUUUCAGUCCAUAGGCUUGUCCAGGCUGCUGACUCUGUUUCGGUGUGUCUCUCCAAAGGUCUUGGAGCUCCAAUAGGAUCUGUAAUCGUUGGUUCGCAUAGUUUUAUAGAAAAAGCGAAAACGUUAAGGAAAACAUUAGGUGGAGGAAUGAGACAAAUAGGCGUCCUGUGUGCAGCCGCUUUGGUUGCACUUCAAGAGAAUCUCCCAAAGUUACAACUUGACCACAAGAAGACUAAGUUGCUAGCUGAAGGGUUGAAUCAAAUGAAAGGGAUUAGAGUGAACGUUGCAGCCGUGGAGACCAACAUGAUUUUCAUGGAUAUGGAGGAUAGAUCAAAACUUACAGCUGAGAAACUGCGCAAGAGUCUAAAUGAGUAUGGCAUUCUCGUCAUCCCGGAAAACUCGUCCCGGAUCAGAAUGGUAGUUCACCACCAGAUAACAAUAAGUGAUGUGCAUUACACAUUGUCUUGCUUUCAACAAGCAGUGCAAAUGAUUCAGGAACCAAGCCGAAACUAA